AUGUCGUAUCAGGACGGCCAAAAGCCGUCCGGUUACUCGCCAACAUCGGAGGCGACUGACCCAUUCAACCCGCCUCAGCUCGGUUAUGGCCAUCAGGAGGGUGGUGUCCCGCACCCCUCGACUGGAGGCGGCCAGUACCAGCCGUACUAUGACACCGAGUCGGACAUAGGAGCCCGGUAUGAGGGCGGUGGCAUGGGCCGUGAGACUUGGGCCUCGGAAAGCGCCUGGAGUGGCAAUGAUGCACCCAACUACCCGGCAUCUGAUGCUUCUCAUCAGCAGGGCUACCCCUCGCGCGCGUCGACUCCCACUUACACCGAGUCCAAGGAGGGCCACCGCGGCCGCGAGCCCUACCCCUCUUGGACCCAGGAAGCCAACAUCCCGCUCUCCAAGGAAGAGAUCGAGGAUGUGCUGAUCGAUCUCGCCAACAAGUUCGGUUUCCAGAAGGACUCGUGCCGCAACAUUUACGACUUCCUGAUGAUUCAGCUCGACUCGCGUGCGUCGCGCAUGUCGCCGAAUCAGGCGCUCCUGACGCUGCACGCCGAUUACAUCGGUGGAGAGCACGCAAACUACCGCAAGUGGUACUUUGCCGCCCAGCUUGACCUCGAUGACGCGAUCGGCGCUGUGAACAACCCCGGUCUUUCGCGCGUUCGUUCUGUUGCUCGACGUGGCAAGGGCCCAGCCCCGGCCACUGCUCGCGAGAAGUCGCUGGAUUCUGCCAUGAGCCGUUGGCGCACUGCCAUGAACAACAUGAGCCAGUAUGACCGUCUGCGUCAGGUCGCCCUCUACCUCCUCUGUUGGGGUGAGGCUGCGCAGGUCCGUUUCAUGCCGGAGUGUCUCUGCUUCAUCUUCAAGUGUGCCGAUGACUACUACCGCUCGCCCGAGUGCCAGAACCGUAUGGAGGCUGUUCCCGAGGGUCUGUACCUCCGCGCUGUUGUUAAGCCCCUCUACAAGUUCCUGCGUGAUCAGGGUUAUGAGGUUGUCGACGGCAAGUUCCUCCGUCGUGAGCGCGACCACGACAAGAUUAUCGGUUACGAUGACGUGAACCAGCUCUUCUGGUACCCGGAAGGCAUUGCUCGCAUCGUUCUGAAUGACAAGAAGCGUCUUGUCGAUCUUCCUCCGGCUCAGCGUUUCAUGAAGUUUGACCGUAUCGACUGGAACCAGGUCUUCUUCAAGACGUACCUUGAGAAGCGUUCGUUCUUCCAUCUCCUGGUCAACUUCAACCGUAUCUGGGUUCUUCACAUCUCGAUCUUCUGGUUCUACACUGCUUACAACGCUCCCCGCAUCUACUCGCCCGCCGACACUGGAAAGCCGACUCGCGCUAUGGCCUGGUCUAUGCCUGCCCUCGCUGGCGCCGUGGCUACGAUCAUCAUGAUUGGUGCCACCCUUGCCGAGUUCAGCUACAUUCCGACGUCUUGGAACAACACCUCUCACCUGGCCGGACGACUCGUCUUCCUUGGUAUCGUCCUCUUCCUGACUCUUGCGCCGUCAAUCUUCAUCGCGUUCUUCAACCAGACCAGCGGUCUGUCGGAGAUCUUCUCGUACAUCCAGUUCGCGAUCUCGGUUGUCGUCGUCAUUGUCUUCUCGGUCGUACCUUCUGGACGUAUGUUCGGCGACCGUGUCGCUGGACGCAGCCGCAAGUACCUGGCCAACCAGACCUUCACGGCGUCUUACCCGGCUUUGUCGCCUUCGGCUCGCGCGACCUCGAUCCUGUUAUGGGUCCUGAUCUUCGGCUGCAAGCUGACGGAGUCUUACUUCUUCUUGACGCUUUCGUUCCGUGACCCCAUCGGUGUCAUGACCGGAAUGGUUAUCCAGCAGUGCAACGACAAGUACUUCGGCCACAACCUCUGCAAGAACCAGGCCAAGUUCACUCUUGCUGUCAUGUUCGUGAUGGACCUGAUCCUGUUCUUCCUCGACACCUUCCUGUGGUACGUCAUCUGGAACACGGUCUUCUCGAUUGUCCGCUCCUUCGCCAUCGGUAUGAGCAUCUGGACUCCUUGGCGUGACAUCUUCUCCCGUCUGCCCAAGCGCAUCUACGCCAAGAUCCUCGCCACUGCCGACAUGGAGGUCAAGUACAAGCCCAAGGUCCUUGUCUCCCAGGUUUGGAACGCUGUCAUCAUCUCCAUGUACCGCGAGCACCUGCUGUCGAUCGACCACGUUCAGCGCCUGCUCUACCACCAGGUUGCUUCCGACCAGCCCGGAAAGCGUACGCUCCGCGCCCCUGCGUUCUUCAUCUCUCAGGGCGACUCCAAGUCAAAGGUCGAGUUCUUCCCCAAGGGCUCUGAGGCUGAGCGUCGAAUCUCUUUCUUCUCGCAGUCGCUCACGACUACCCUGCCUGAGCCUUUGCCCGUCGAGUCGAUGCCCACGUUCACUGUUCUCGUUCCUCAUUACUCCGAAAAGAUCCUCCUUUCACUCCGUGAAAUCAUUCGUGAGGAGGACCAGAACACCCGUGUUACGCUCCUCGAGUACCUGAAGCAGCUCCACCCCAUCGAGUGGGACAACUUCGUGAAGGACACCAAGAUUCUCGCCGAGGAGUCGCAGAUGUACAACCCCUCGAACCCCUUCGCCUCCGACGAGAAGGAGGAGACCAAGCGUGCCGACGACAUCCCCUUCUACACUGUCGGUUUCAAGUCUGCCGCCCCCGAGUAUACUCUGCGUACUCGUAUCUGGGCUUCGCUUCGUGCGCAGACUCUUUACCGCACUGUUUCUGGUUUCAUGAACUACUCCAAGGCCAUCAAGCUCCUCUACCGUGUCGAGAACCCCGAGGUCGUCCAGCUCUUCGGCGGCAACACCGACCAGCUUGAGCGCGAGCUUGAGCGUAUGUCCCGCCGCAAGUUCAAGUUUGUCGUCUCCAUGCAGCGCUACUCCAAGUUCAACAAGGAGGAGCACGAGAACGCCGAAUUCCUCCUCCGUGCCUACCCCGACCUUCAGAUCGCCUACCUGGAUGAGGAGCCCGCCCGUAAGGAAGGCGGCGAGACCCGUAUCUUCUCCGCCCUCAUUGACGGUCACUCCGAGAUCCUGCCUAACGGUCGCCGUCGUCCCAAGUUCCGCAUCGAGCUUCCCGGUAACCCCAUUCUUGGUGACGGAAAGUCGGACAACCAGAACCACGCCAUCGUCUUCUACCGUGGAGAAUACCUCCAGCUCAUCGACGCGAACCAGGACAACUACCUUGAGGAGUGUCUCAAGAUCCGUAACGUCCUUGGCGAGUUCGAGGAGUUCCAGGUCUCGUCCCAGUCGCCGUACGCUCCUCAGGGCCACAAGGACUUCAAGAAGUUCCCCGUCGCCAUUGUCGGUGCCCGUGAAUACAUUUUCUCUGAGAACAUUGGUAUUCUCGGUGACAUUGCUGCCGGCAAGGAGCAGACGUUCGGUACUCUUGCGGCUCGUGCCUUAUCGUUCAUUGGUGGAAAGCUCCACUACGGUCACCCGGAUUUCCUGAACGCGAUCUUCAUGAACACUCGUGGUGGUGUCUCCAAGGCUCAGAAGGGUCUUCACCUCAACGAAGACAUUUACGCCGGUAUGAACGCCUUCGGCCGCGGUGGCCGCAUCAAGCACUCUGAGUACUACCAGUGUGGAAAGGGCCGUGACCUCGGUUUCGGUACCAUUCUCAACUUCCAGACCAAGAUCGGAACUGGUAUGGGUGAACAGAUGCUCUCUCGCGAGUACUACUACCUCGGCACUCAGCUUCCUAUGGACCGCUUCCUGACCUUCUACUACGGACACCCCGGUUUCCACAUCAACAACAUCCUGGUCAUGAUGUCGGUUCAGAUUAUCAUGCUGACCCUGCUGUUCCUGGGUACUCUCAACUCCUCGGUCGAUGUGUGCCACUACGACGCUCAGGGCCGCCGUGACGACAACUUCGCGACUUGCUACAACCUCCAGCCCGUCUUCAAGUGGAUCAAGCGCUGUAUCAUCUCGAUCUUCAUUGUGUUCUGGAUUGCCUUCGUUCCCCUCUUCGUCCAGGAGCUCACGGAGCGUGGUACCGGCCGUGCGAUCAUCCGUCUCGCCAAGCACUUCAUGUCGUUGUCGCCCGUCUUCGAGGUGUUCUCGACGCAGAUCUACAUGCACUCGAUCGUCAACAACUUGACUUUCGGUGGAGCUCGUUACAUCGCCACUGGUCGUGGUUUCGCCACUACGCGCCUAUCGUUCAGCAUUCUCUACUCGCGUUUCGCUGGCCCCUCGAUCUACAUUGGUAUCCGUACCCUGAUCCUUCUCCUCUACGCCACACUUUCGGUCUGGGUUCCCCACCUGAUCUACUUCUGGAUCACCGUGGUCGGUCUCUGCAUUGCGCCGUUCCUGUUCAACCCCCACCAGUUCUCGUACACCGACUUCAUCAUCGACUACCGCGAGUUUAUCCGCUGGAUGUCGCGUGGUAACUCGCGUGCGCACACCAACUCUUGGGUUGGCUACUGCCGUCUGUCGCGUACUCGUAUCACUGGUUUCAAGCGCAAGCGUCUGGGUCUCCCCUCGGAGAAGCUCUCGAGCGACAUGCCUCGUGCUCCUUGGCGUGCUAUCCUCGUUGGUGAGAUCAUUGGCCCGAUCUGCAUGGCCGUUAUCAUGGUCAUCUGUUACCUCUUCGUCAAGGCUUGGCCCGACCCCAACGACGCUACUGGUAUCACUGUCCCCGCCCUCCUGCGCCUGGCUGUCGUCGCCCUCGGCCCCAUCGUCUGGAACAUGGCUUUCCUUCUGGUCCUCUUCCUGUUCUCGCUGUUCCUUGGCCCUUGCGUCAACUCGUGCACGAGCCAGUUCGGUGCCAUGAUGGCUGCUAUUGCCCACUUCGGUGCUGUUGUUGGAAUGGUAGCGUUCUUUGAGUUCCUCUGGUACCUUGAGCGCUGGAACGCCUCGCACACGUGUAUGGGUGUCAUCGCUGUCAUUGCGGUGCAGCGUUGUAUCUUCAAGAUCCUCAUUGCUCUGUUCCUCUCCCGCGAGUUCAAGCACGACGAGACCAACCGUGCCUGGUGGACUGGUGUUUGGUUCAACCGUGGUCUUGGCGCCCAUGUUCUCUCGCAACCUGCGCGUGAGUUCAUUGUCAAGACCAUCGAGAUGGGUCUCUACUCUGCCGACUUUAUCGCUUGUCACCUUCUCCUGCUCCUCCUCACCCCGCCCAUGCUCAUUCCCUACUUCGACCGUCUCCACGCGACCAUGCUGUUCUGGCUUUCGCCCAGCCAGCAGAUCCGCCCGCCCAUCUACUCGCUGCGUGUCCGCAAGCAGCGCAGGAAGAUCGUUUUCAAGUACUCGAUCGUCUACUUCCUCGUCCAGGCGGGUAUGGUUGCCCUCAUCGUCGUCCCCGUUGUCCUCAAGACUGCCGGUGGACUGGCUCCCAAGAAGGCUCCGUUCAACGGUGCCAUCUAA